ACUUGACUGCAUCUUAUUUUGAGAGCACGCGUGAUGUCUCACUGCGAAACGAAAACAAUAAUAAUAAAAAGUCUACACUAAAUAGAUUAAGCGAAAUCCAUCAGCGUUAAUAACUAAAAUACGUUAAUCCUCGCUUUCAAUCACGUGACUCAGAGACUCUCGCGUGACCUUCGCGUACACGCGCAGCGCCAAGCAAUGGCUGAGAGUGUCGCUAAAGAAGAGAAAGAGCGCGAUAGUGACGCGAAGGACGAGAACUAUGGCUACAGUCUAUAUCCCGAGCGGAGCGGCAGCAAGUACAAGCAGGGCUCGAUCGGGGAGAGCCUCUUCACCUUCAAGCACAAGUGUCAGCUCAUGCUGCAGUUCGCCAUGGACACUAGCCCGUAUGCUAAGCUCCUGUUGGCCGCGAUGAGAAGCUCCGGCUGUGCGGUUCAUAAAGACCGGCACUUCUCGUGUGAGGACUGUGACGGGACGGUUAGCGGCGGGUUCGACGCCGCCACCUCUCAGAUCGUCCUGUGCCAGAACAACAUCCACCAGCAGGCUCACAUGAACCGCGUCGUCACGCAUGAGCUAAUCCACGCCUUCGACCACUGCCGCGCGCGAGUCGACUGGUUCAGCAACCCCAGACACCUGGCCUGCUCAGAGAUCCGGGCCGCCAAUCUGAGCGGAGACUGUUCCUUCCUCAACGAGGUCUCCAGAUUCAACUUCGGCCUCAGACAACACCAUCAGGAGUGUGUGCGGAGUCGAGCGCUGCGCUCCAUCCUGGCGGUGCGUAAGGUGAGCAGGGAGGAGGCGGAGCUAGUGGUUGACGAGGUGUUUGACAGCUGCUUCCGAGACCACGCCCCCUUCGGGAGGAUCCCACACACCAAGACGGACGCCAGGUUCUCCUUCAGGGACUUCGAGAGCCGCGACCGCUACCAUGCUAACCUCUGAGCGCACACGUUACCUCACAGACACUGAGUAGCACUCGCGCCUCUGUCGGCAGUCACCGAAGCCAAUCCGCUUCCUCUGUCCAUCGGAGAACACAAGACCGAGAACCUCUCGAUUAAAGGAGUGUGUCCGAGGGGUUAUUGAUCACGUCCACACGGUGGCGCUACUCUCCUGACCAACACAACCGGCUCCAUGUUAAAAUAAUGAUGGUGAAACUGAGAUAAAGUCAAAAUUAUGCUAUAGUUUAUAUAUGCCAAAGUUAUAUGAAGUCAUUGUGAUUUACAAAAACACUUUUUCUUUUUCUUUCUUGUGUUUUGGAAAUGAAUUUAUUUUGAAUUAAUAAAUCAAUUUAUUUGA